GAACUUUAAACAUGACCACUCAACUGAAAACCGAUGUUGCUCAACUCUUGAAUCACGAUAUUGUUGUUUCAGCCGACAAUGUCAAGUCUAUGCUGGCCCAUAUCUGCAACCCUAAGUUCUUUGUCAGAGCUGAGACAGAAAUAGAGAAGUUCCAAGUCGAGAUGAUACCAGAGUGUGAAGCCUCCGAACUGAACAAUCAGCUGUACUGUGAGCUUUCUCACUUUGAGUGCCCGGUGGAACUCUACUACAAAGCUUUCACUUUGAUCAGAGCCAACACUGUCAAGGUCCUUAGCCGAACUCCAGCUGCACGCAUGCUCAAGAACCUGGUCAAAAGCAAACACUCUGAGCUGGACAUAUUGGACAUCUUGCUCUAUGCUUCUGUCUUUGGUCCUGCCAAGUCUCUGGAACUCAAACAAGCUUUCGAGGAAGAGGUUGCAACUUUGUCCAGUCCUGCAGAGAUAGAAGACAAAAUCAUUGUUGGAAUGGGAAAAGACACUUCGGAAUUCAUUGAGUCCAAUGGAUGGAGCUAUCAGCUGCAUCCCGAAAAGCUUGGUCAGAAGAGGCCUGCCGUUUACGAAGAGCCUACUCCCUCUCCAGAGGCUAAGCGGAGUCGCACCGACGAAGAUGCUCUGAGAGAAAGCAAAACUGCCAGCACGGCUUUCUUGGACUCCAUCAACUCGCUGGACACCACUGCCUUUGACAAACUAAUCAGAAUGGGAGUGUUCAAGAGUCAGUGGGGCUACAAUGGCUACAGCAAAGUGAUGGGAACCAACCUGCUUGCAAAAGGCUCUCAGCAAGAAGAUGUGAGAAAGACCCUGUCCAGGAUCUUUGUCUUGGUGAAUUACUGUGACACAUUUGACGAGUUUAUCCAGAAACUCACCAGCUGCAUUUUCUCUGAGAACGUUGCCGGACAAAGAAUUGGCCAGUUGAUUGGACAUGGAGGAGGACUGUUUGACAUGUUUUGCAAGUAUAAUGGUCCUAAGGGAGAGAUGGCAAACGAGAAAGCCAAGCUGUUCAAGAAGCCCCAGCCUGGAGUGACUGUUGAAGAUCAAGUGCAAACAAUGUUUUCUAAAGCCCCUCAAGUGGCAGUGGUGGAGACAGUAGGAGUGGGCGGACUUUUCGAUUAGAUUAGUAUAUA